AUGACCCAAACAUAUCCUCACAUUGCUUUUAUUUACUUCAAUGGUGCGAAACCACCACUUCAAUUUAGCUUCUCCGAAGACACGCCUCUCGCCGAGCUGAUUACCAUACUCAAUUCUCUCCUGCAAUAUACAGAAAAUAUGAAGGUAGUCAAACUCGAGUAUCGUUCACCAUCACUUGACACUGAAGGAAAUGUGCAAUUCACCCAGUUUACACUGAAGACUGAUGACGAUUUAAAGGUUAUGUGGAGUACUUUUCGUCGAUACUCCAUUAAGGGUCCACUUGAAGUCGAUGCAAAGAUUCGGAGAUUUGAAGAUGUCAUUAAAAUGUUGCAACGUCCUCAGCUACCCGUUUAUAACAAUAUGUAA